GAAAGGAGGAGUGGGGGGUGGGGGGCUGUUGAGAGGAGGGAGAAAGAAAGAAGAAGAGGAGGAGGGAGGCAGCAGGGACACGGUAACCUGCAGGAGGACUCACAUGGUCCUGCAGCAGCAGCGCAGACCACCGCCCAGUGUCGGUCGGACUUGGGCCGGUAAAGCAGCGCCAUGGCUCGGGAGAACGGAGACACCGGCAGGGGAGAGACGUGGAAAAAACAAGUCGACGACAUCAAGAAAAUAUUUGAUUUUAAAGAAGUCCUGGGAACAGGAGCGUUUUCAGAGGUGGUCCUGGCCCAGGAGAGGCUGACCGGCCGGAUGUUUGCGGUGAAGUGCAUCCCUAAAAAGGCCCUGAAGGGGAAGGAGAGCAGCAUCGAGAACGAGAUCGCUGUGCUGAGGAGGAUCAAGCACGAGAACAUUGUGGCUCUGGAGGACAUCUACGAGAGUCCGGACCACCUCUACCUGAUCAUGCAGCUGGUGUCCGGCGGCGAGCUGUUCGACCGUAUCGUGGAAAAAGGUUUCUACACGGAGAAGGACGCGAGCACGCUGAUCCGACAAGUCCUGGACGCUGUUAACUACCUGCACAGGAUGGGCAUCGUCCACCGAGACCUGAAGCCGGAGAACUUGUUGUAUUUUAAUCCUCAAGACGAGUCAAAGAUCAUGAUCAGCGACUUCGGACUUUCCAAGAUGGAGGGCAGUGGUGACGUCAUGUCCACCGCCUGUGGCACCCCAGGAUACGUGGCUCCAGAGGUCCUCGCUCAGAAGCCGUACAGUAAGGCAGUGGACUGCUGGUCCAUCGGAGUGAUUGCCUACAUCCUACUCUGUGGUUAUCCUCCGUUCUACGACGAGAACGACUCCAAGCUCUUUGAGCAGAUCCUGAAAGCCGACUACGAGUUUGACGCUCCGUACUGGGACGACAUAUCCGACUCAGCCAAGGAUUUCAUCAGCAGUCUGAUGGAAAAAGAUCCAGCCAAGCGUUUCACCUGUGAACAGGCACUCAGACACCCUUGGAUUGCUGGGGAUACGGCUCUCUGUAAGAACAUCCAUGAGUCAGUCAGCCGACAGAUCAGAAAGAACUUCGCCAAGAGCAAAUGGAGGCAAGCGUUCAAUGCCACAGCCGUGGUUCGACACAUGAGGCGGCUACAGCUUGGCAGCAGCAUGGGGAGCAGCAUGGACGCCUCCAAUCCGCCGACCAGGCUGAGCCAGACACAGAAGCCGGCUCAAAGCCAGAGCCAGGCGGGCCAGAACCAGCCAGCUCAGAGCCAAAACACCGGCCAGGUGGCUCAGAGCCAGAGCAGCAACAUAGCCGCCAGCAAAACCACUUCCACUGACAACAACAUAGCAGCUCCACGCAAGGAAUGUGUCACUGCACCAGCCACGCCCUGCAGUCUGGCAUCCGCAGCCUCUUCUCCCGCUGCAGGGGCGGAGCUGAACCGGCCACACCCCUCGGCGGUGCCCGCCCCAGUGCUCACAGAGACCAAGUGACGCCAGGUCCCGCGGGGAACCAGCUGGGAGGCCACGGCGCUGUGAGGCAGAGAGAAACAGAGGACAACAGGAGAGGAGAAGGAUCACCCUCUUCUCCCUUCCUCUCCUUACUGUACUUCCUCUUUGGAUGCCACCCAGCCAGUUCCCCGCCCUGCUCCCGGGAGAGCAGAGGACUUUACCUCCACCCCACCGAUUCAAGCCACACAGCGCCAUACUGUACACCCACCACCCGCCCACCGGAACAACAACAGCACGGCCACUGACUCUCACUGAGGAUGUUCGUGUGGCCAGCUGUGAUCGUUUGCUAUUUAAUGAUAAACGGGCUUCGACUGCUCCAAGCUUGAGCUGUAAUUAGUGGUUCAGGAGGGGCCGGUGGUAUCAUAUUAUUCACUGUCAGUCAACAUCAACUUCCCUCUUGAAUCUGGUCUUUCCUGCACAACGUUAUUUAGCUUUUUUCCAACUUAGGUUUGACUGUUGGCAACUGGAUUGUUUUAUUUUCUAUUAUUACUGUUCAUUUUAAAGGUGCUAUGUGUAACUUCAAACAAACAUAUCAUUGUCAGAUUGAUAAUGCUACUUCGGUAUUGUGACUGUAAAUAAAUAAGACCAUAGCCAAGAAGAGUUUCUCUAGAUUUAGACCGCAUUUCCCAGAAGCCCAUUGUUUCUUCUGGCUUCCUCCAUCACCACAUUCUCUGGAGUAGGCACCCUUCUCCGUACAGCAAUCAAGAUUUCCCUUCAAAUCUGACCGAGUACCUGAGGAAAAUGCAGAAUAGAGGCCAACAGUCUUCUGAGCAAUGACCUCACUUGUUUACACAAAUUGUACUAAUUUUGCAAACUGAUGAGACAAUGAUUUAUCCAUGUUAAAAUGCUACACAUAGCACCUUUAAGAUCUUUUCUAUAUCCUUACGAGCUUGUUUUGUCUGUUUGUUUGUGCUUUAAGAAGUGCUUUAAAAGUACCAUACAACUGUUGAGAUGUGAAAACAUGAGUAAGCGCUUUAUCUAUUUUGCACAGAGAGGGUUAGAUAUGUUCUCAGACACAGAUUAGCCGCCAUCCACUUGUGUUUUUCUGACAGAGAGUAGAGAUUGUAAACCUUUAUAAAAAAAAAAACGUGGAUGUCAGAGCAUUGUACAAGUUGUUUAUUGUCUGAAAGAUUCUGAUUUGUUUAUUAUUUUCUUACUUUAUAAGACUUUUAUAACAAUCGCCCUUUAAGGGGCGCACGUACAGGUUACUAUGAAGCAUGCAGCAGGUUUAGGAUAGGAUAGGAAAAGUUAGAGAUCUGUAUUUACUAGUAAACUGCCUCCAGUUGAGAGUGUUUGUGAUUAGAGAUAGUUUGUCAUUUGACUUCCCAAACUAAGGAGCCACAAGCAGCGCAAUGCAGUUUCAAGGUAGCUAAAAUAUACAAGACAUGUUAGACACCGUCUCAGAGAUAUUUAACCGCCUCCCACAUGGGUCCUCAGAGUAUUUGGCCCACGAAGCUGUUGCCUGCCGUUGCUCAUUCCCCCUCUAAUGAAGCCAUGAUCUCACCUUCUUGCAUUGUCAGGCUGCACCCAGUUCAGACGUGCUCAGGGAAAACUGCAGCUGCACUGUGUGCCGGCAAACACCGGUGUCCCGGUUUAGGGGUUUCUGUCAUGGUCCAGGCGUCGUGGCAACAUAGUCAGUGACCCAGGACUCAAGGAGUUAGCUGUGUCGUUGUAGUGAAUAUUGAAUAUUGAGGACAUGGUUUCAGAGUGAACCACCAAGGACUGGGUAUUGAUACUGAAAAGUGUCACCUGAUCACCUGGUUGGUUCACACCAUUGGCCAACUUGUAGAAAAUCUGAAUCAGAAAACAUCAGUGGACUUGAAAUCUGGGUGAGGCAACAGUUUUUUGUCUAAUUUGGAGCUCUUCAAGUUUUUCUUAAAAGCAAGUUAAUGUCUCAUUUAAAGUGAUAAACUAGAUUUAAUCUGACUUUUUAUUUAAGAUUUUUUUGUUGUUGUUCUUAAUGGAACUCAGACUUUACUUGAACGUGACUUGACAGUAGCUUAAAUUGUGGUAAUGGCCUUUCAGACAUAAUUCAGAAUGCAGAAGUGUACAAUGCUGGGUGCUCUGUCACACAUAUCAGAUUGUCACGUCUUUAUUACAUGCAAUUCUACUGAUCCCUUUAUUGUGAAUUGUAGCCAAAGACUAGUGCGAGGUACAAAGAUAAUUAGAUUCAUUCUGCAGUACUGAACUAGCUUGAACAGAACCAGUCAGAUCUGAAGUUGUUCAAGACAGUGAAGUAAAACUAAGGGCUGAGCUACAAAUUAAUCUGGAGAGAAGAAGACUUGAGACUUUCUCUUCCUAAUCUUUUUUUACUAUCUCCACAGAGUGCUGCUGAAAAGUAUCUGCAAAUUAUUGAUAGUAGUUUAUUUAAUAAUAGUUUAAUCCGUGUUUGCUUAGUGAGUGUGAAACCACAAGUCAAGUCAAAUCAAGGUAAAAAAAUAACAGCAAAUCAACACUCACCCAAGCUUUCUGGAAUUCACUUUUGGCUGGCUGCAUUGUUUUGUGUAUGAAGGCCAACCUAUUUGGCACUGAACAACUAACUGACUAAAACAAACCAUAAAAGACAUUUGUGAAUAAACCUCCUCACUCUGCUCUGCACGGACAAUUCCAGUGUGUUUGGAUUUUUUGCUUUUUCCCCAUGUUUCCUCAGUUUUAUAUCACUGCUCUCUAGCUUUUAUCACUUAUAACGAUGGCUAUAUUAUACCUUUUUCUUAUUGUUUAUAAAUCCCACGGAAAGACCAAAAUCAUGUCCAACCUACCUACCCUGUCUGCGGCCUUCAGUCCAUUGGUUCCUACUUGUCACUUGCUGCUGUAGUUUUUAGCAAAUGUCACUCUAACAGGAGUAAGUAGUGCAUUUUUUUGGGACUGUUUUCCACGGUGCAUUAGUCGUGAUGGUGUGUUUGAAAAAAUAACCCUGAUGAUGUCAUCAGGGUUGUCUCUGCAGCAGUUCAAACUACAAGUGUGGGGUUUGAAAUGUUGGCAUUUAGGAGGCAAGGAGGGUUAAUGAAAGUUGCUUUGAGUUGCAUUAUGGGAUAUGUAUGAGCCAGCAUUUUUUGGGCUUGACCUAUACUAGAUGUGUCAUCUUCUGUUGCUGUGGUGUUAAUCACACUGGAAUUGUCCUUGACUCAUUCAUAUGUUUGAUCUAAUAAUUGUACGUUCAGACUGAAAGUGGUGAGAAUGUCAAAGUGACUGGGAGUCACGAGCAGCAGCACGCCAGUUGGCGGUGCGUCCUGAGCAGCGUGGGUGUAAGAAAAAAAAAGUUGAAGGCAUCUAUGUCAGAGCGCCCCACAAACUUCAACAGCGUCCUUGUCAGAACAGCCAGAGCAAAUUUUUACGCUCGCCGCUUUAGGUCUGAAUGUGCAGUUACACACACACAGCACAUCUGCUGCAUUGUUAUUCAGAAUAAUUCAUUCACUUCAGCUAGUUGUAUAUGCGGUGAGCACUGUCAUGGAGCAGACACUUGACGUUAUGGAGACUGACGACAGAUUUUCAGAGCAUUUUGGAUGAAGACACUGCAGUUACUUUAUGCAUGUGGUCCCAGCGGUUACUCCAGUCACAGUAGAGGUAUAGUAGAGUAAGGUGUCUGAGUUAAGGCCAGCUAACCUGAUUUAUUGUGUUUUUUAAAUGUGCACGUCUCAAAGCAGUCGUAGAGAAAGCUAACUUUUUAGUGUUUCUUACUGAAUUCCAACACCCACGUGUCUCCUCCUUCUACAUGUCGACACAGUUCAGCUUCAGAAACCUGUAUUUAUUCUUGACGUUUUUUACUGCGGGGUCUUGUGUUACAUUUUUCUCUACUAACCACACUUUAAAGUCAAUCCUCGUAAUUACCCACGUGUCACUAAGGGAACCUUUUAACCAUGUAAGGGCUUUAUUCCAAUGAUCACCUUAAUCUGAUUAUUCACUGUAAUCAUCUACACGUACCCAUUUACUGCUAUGCAUUUUUUUAACAUGUUUUUUCAGUGCUUUUUUCUUGGAAGUGGAAUAAGGAAACAUCAGCAGCUAUAGUUAAAAAAAUAUAUAUAUGUAAGUGCAAGACACCGAAUCCCUGCCAGAUCCUAUACGAUUUCAAUCACUUUACUAUUAAUCACUUAACUAUCAUCAUUAUUAUUAUUGAAUGAGCUACAUUGUAAAAAUGGUGUACCGGGUUUUUAUCUGGCACAGAUGUUAAUGGAUGGUCAGCCGAGACCGUGAGUGUAUUUUCAUUAAAUAUGAUGUCGUUGGGUUUUACGGAUGUGCUGUGAGGCAGGCAGAGGGUUCAGGUUCACGCUCCUCUGUGGUUUUAUGUCUGCUGUUUUUGUUCGCUAAAGAGAGAGAGAGUGAGAAAAAAAGAAAAGUCUUCUGAAUGAAUCUUUCCAUGUUAAAGAUGCUACUGUAAAUAGAUUGUGAAUAUGAAUGAUCAUUUUCAAGAUAAUAUAUACGAAUGUUUUGCUUUUCAGGCAUGUGUGAGUAAAUGAGAGAGUGAGUGAGUGCGGAGGGAAGUUGAUUGUAUUCUCUAUGGAAUGUUUAAUGUAUAAAAAAAAAAAGAAAAAAGAAAAGAAAAAAAAAAAAGCUUUCCCUUUACUCCCCACUGCAGUUUGCUUUUAUACUGUCCAGCACUGUGUGACUGCCACCUGCAGAGCUGCGCAGCACAGUCUAACGCCAUCAGUGUUCCAUCGCCACUUCAGUGUCACUCCAACUGAAAGUGAAAGCAUCGUUUACUGAACUCAGGCUUACGUUUUUGCCAUUCUAAAGGAAGAAAUCCAAAGCUGUGACCGACUCAGAAACACACUGUUGUGGGCGCUGAGGCGACAACGGGCCACUGUCGUCCGCUCAUUACCCCGUGAGCUCACACUCCUCUCUGAAACUUUUUUUUUUUUUUAUUUUUUUUUUAACGAAGGCGCUGCUGAAGUGCAUCGUCACAAAAGAUGAAAACACAAGCAUGUCGAAAAAAGUGCUUCAAGAGUUCAACUUUACCAUGAGUGUUUGCAUAAUCUUAUAUGCCCUUGUAUGAUGUUAGUAUCUCUGUAUUAUGUAAAGACAAACACAGGUCGAGAUGCCUGAGUCCACGAAAAGCUGAGGUCACUCAGUGCAGAUGAGUGUCAGUUCUACGAACAGUUUUCAGAGACAGAAAGAAUCUCAUUGGUACAAACUGGCAAAUAUUUGCCACAAGAUACUGUGUUCCAAUGAAAACUGCUGCAACGUGAAUAAUGUGAAAACAAUUUACUGAUUGGUAUUUCAAGGCUUUGUUGUACCAAAGAGCACAAAUUGUGAGAAAACGAAGCGAUUUUUAUGUGUUUGAGCUGAUGUUUUGUCACAGUUGUGUAGGAGUUAUCUUUAGUAAUGACUCUGGUUCCUACAGCAAAAUAGCCUAAUAGCUAAGCACUGCUCCUAGGGCUUUCAUAAACAUGGCAAAAAAUCUAAUCAUAAAUACAGAUAUUUUUUCAUGUUUUUCAUGCAUUUAUGACCUUUAAAGUCAGUAUGUUAGCUUAGCUCGUGAGCUAUAGCUUAGCUAGGCUAACUGAAAUAGCUUUGAGAAUAAAAUCUAAUCUAAAUUAAUUUCUCUCAAUUAUUAAUUAUUGAGAGAAAUUUAUUAUUUAUUAUUAUUAAUUAUUUAAGGGAUCCAAAGUGAUUAUCAAUGUGUGUACAAAAGAAUGUGUAGCAUUAGCAGCACGUUAGCAGUGGCUCUGUAAGAGGCGUUCAGGCGCAGGAUUGAGGUGUAGGUCACCUGUGUUUUGGGAGCACUCAGGAAAAUGGAUUUGGGCAGUAAAAACCUGCUUUGGGUCACGUUUACGGAUGAAUCGUGUGAGUAAAACGCGAGGCCGUUACGUGGCCUGUCUAGACAGCUGGAUUGUGGCUGAGAUGUUGGUAGACACACAAAGUUCAGCCCUGUUGCCAACUCUGCUUCCAAGGAAGUAAAGUAUAAUUGGCUGUGUAUUUAUCAGAGGAUCCUUUUUUUUUAACAUUGAAUGAUUGGAAUUGUGCUUUGACAACACAUUGAAAAUGUCAAGCCAAUAAACACAUGGUCCAUCAUCAUCAGACUUCUUUGAACUAGACGGACGCAAGUGUCUCUCUAUGAAGCUUUAGGAGUCAUAAUAUCAGCAUUUUCUUCCAUGGACUGAAGAAUCUGCUGGAUUGUUGUCAGCUUCAGUAAAUCUAUCCCGCCAGCAGCUGUGUGUCAGUCUAAUGUAAAACUGUUCUUUGCUUCUGCCCUCAAUGUUGACAACAGCUCCACCUCUGAAAACUGUUUGUAGCACUCAGACUCCACAUGCUGCUCCUUGGGACCUGGUGUCUGCCUGUGCGUGUCCUCGUCCAGAGCCUGCUGAGUUAGCCGGCUGUAUUUACUCUCUGCAUGUGACCACAACAAAUUCCCAUCUUGUGCACCGUCGUCACGUUGACGACACCCUCAUGUGUCAGAGCGGGCGCUGCCUGCCGCACUUGUGCUGUGAUGAUGAUGAUGACGAUGAUGAUGAUGACUUUCUGUUAAUGGGGCUUGUAUAUCCGAUGCCUUCGACAAUCAUGUGCACAUAUCAGAGUUACCAUGACGACACAGGCCAGAGCGACUGAUUGUGUUUUGUUUGUCUUUUCUCCUGGAAUAAAUCCUGAAUGAUCGUAACAUUA